UCCCAGCAAAGGAAUCACUGUCAGAUCUGACCACAUUACAGGUUUGGCAAUUGCAUGGAGCCAAAAUGAAAAAUUUCUUGGUGCUGUUUUUAAUUCAUGGUUGGCAGAAGCUGGGCCUAACAGCAGGAGCUCACCCCAUUCCCCGGAUCAAAACCACCAACCUUUUGGUUCCCUGUGUCAUGGAAAUCCUUUGAGCAUACACCCUGAAAACCUGGUGACCUGGAAAGGAUCCUGUGUGUUGAUUCCAUGCCAGAUCAAUGAAACAUUUCACUUUGCUUAUCUUCCCCUUGCUAGUGUAGUUUGGUCUUUUCGCCCUUCUUCGGCUGAUGUGUUGUUCGACUACAAUGUUCAACCAUUGUUUAACAGCUCCAAAACUUUGGAGGACCAUGUAAACCUAAUAAGUCCUAACUUUCAAGGGCGGGUGAGGUUUGUAGGAGAUCUAGCCAAAAGAGACUGCAGUCUGAUGAUUACUGAUCUCCGCAUGAAUGACAGUGGCACAUAUCAAGCAAAAGUAGCAAUUUUGGAUGAAAACCCUACAAGAGUACAUUAUUUGUCCCGGAGUGCAAAAAUUCAUGUUAGAGAGACCCCACCAGAACCCAAGAUGGAAGCUAGAGGCAUGGAAACCCAAGGAUUGUGGAAGAUGAUAGUGAUCUGUUCAGUUUCUUACCAUUGCCCCGACGAGCCAAUUAUGUUGAUUCUUCAUGGCUUAGAGAAGCACCAUCAAGACUGGAACAAUGUAAACAGGACAAUCCAAACAAUAGUGAGUUUUGAACCAACAUGGGAAGAUGAGAGGAAAAAGGUGAUAUGCUUGCUGACUAACAAGGAUGGGUCACACAAAUCCAAGACAACGUUGGAGCUGGAUGUGAAACAUAGUCCCCUGGGUGUCCAGCUUGUUCUUCUAAAUGAUCUACCCAUAAAGGAAGGAGAUAAUGUCAGAUUGAACUGCUCCGUGAGCAGAAGUCUACCUGAUGACAACUGGUACAACUGGGUCAAGUCAGAUUCCCAUACUGUGGAACUUAGGUACAGUGGUCCGAAACUACUCACCUUCCUUGCAUCACCUGGACCAACAACUUCUUAUAAAUGUGAAGCAUGCAACUGGCUUGGCUGUAAUUCAUCUCAAGCAGUCACUGUGGAUGUUCACUUUGCCCCCAAGGAGGUAAACAUUUGGAAAGGAGCACCAGAGUAUAUUAUUGAAGGCAGUGUUGUACAGCUGAGGUGUCAAGUGGGAAUGGCAAACCCACGUAAUUUUACCUAUACCUGGUACCAUGAAGGGCAACAGCUGAAUGCUUCUGAUGAAAUACUCAUCUUUCCAGAAAUCGCUUUUCAACAGUUUGGCAAUUACUGGUGUGAAGUCAGUAACACUGUGGGCACGAACAUCUCACCUAGAGUCCUGCUUGAUGUUAUUUGUGACCAGUGUUACAAAACGACAUUGAGCAUAAAACUCAAUUCUCGUGCUUCCUGGAAAGGAUCCUGUGUAUGGAUUCCAUGCUAUAUCAAUGAAACUCCUCAUACUGUCAUUUCUAUUUCUGUACUGUGGCAUUUUGAACCUGAUAUUUUGGAGGACGAUAAUGAUCACCUGUUGUAUGACAGCUCCAAAACACCAAUGGACCAGGUGAACCUAACAUCUUCACACUUUCAGGGGAGAGUACACUUUAUAGGGAAUCUUACCCUUGCGAAUUGCAGCUUGAUGAUUACCCAGCUCCAGACAAAGGAUAGUGGCACAUACCAUGCAAGAGUACUUGCUUCAAUUACAAGCUAUCCUUGGCCACUCAAAAGAUUUAUGAUUGUUCCAGUAAAUGUUACAGAAACAUUUCCAGAACCCAAGAUGGAAACUGUGCCGGUGGAAAUUGAAGAACGGAAGACAGCUAAAGUGAUCUGUUCGGCACCUUACCAUUGUCCAGAGGAGAAUAUGACUUUGACUCUCAGUGGCUUGGAGGAAGAUCGUUUGUCUUCACAAGAUACAACCAUUGAAAAUGGAGUGAUCCGCACAGUGUUGAAUUUUGAACCCAGUUUUGGGGACCAUGGGAGAGUGCUGAAAUGUCUUCUAAAGAGUGAGACUGGGUCACAGAGAUCCAGAAAUACGAUGAAGCUAGAUGUGCAAUAUGCUCCCAGGGGUGUAAUAGCUUUGCCUGAAACCAAAGAUGUAGUCAUGAUGGGCCAGUCCCUUCAGCUGAGAUGUGAAGUGGGAAAGGCUAACCCCCAGGAACUGACUUAUGCAUGGUAUAAAAAAGAGCAAGAGCUGGUUUCGGAAGGUGUUUUGUUGAUCAUAAGCAAAGCAAGCAGAAAGCACAGUGGCAUUUACCAUUGCAAUGCAACCAAUAAGAUGGGCACAUCAAGAUCUUCAGAGAUUGAAUUAAGUUAUUUCUGCAGCUCAUCACAGCCCAAAGACUGCUACCUUAAAGUGUGGAGCCAAUAGUGCCUAGUGACUUACUUUCAGAAGGCUCAAUGUAUAGAAGAAAGCAGCAUAUCAGGGCCUCUAAGCAGAUUCUGGACGUUUCCGAUGGGAGGAUUCGGAAGAAGCCCAAGAGGAAAAGGAAGGAGAACCAAAACAUUCUUCACACCAGAUUGAUUCUUCCUUUCCUUCCAUUUUCAUGUCAAAGUUACUUUGUUUCCAUUGCUUAUUUUCAAUUCAUUAAAGUUUGUGUGCUUUAAAAAAUGAAA